AUGUCUGCAAUGAAGAAACGAGCACCCAAGGCGCCUCAAAGGCGCGACCCUCUGGCAGAACUGCGCAUGUCAAACAUGGUCAUCUCGAAGCCUUUCCUUCCGGUCGAACUGAUUUCACAGAUCGUGGACCACCUGAGUGCUGUCGACUUGAUUAGCGUCGCACGAGUGUCACGGAAGAUGCACGAGAUGGUCUACGACGAUACACGCUGGGUACAACGGCUUCAGAGGAUGGGUGUUUGGCAUGACAACGAAGCCAGAAGAACAGGUGGUGCGGUCAAGCCGACCUCCGAGUCUCGACGCACUCCCACAAUAGAUCGUUCUUUGGUGAAUGGGAAGGGCAGACCUCAAAUACAUAUCAACGGACAUGUACCGACUGACCCCAAGCUGGUACAGGAUCGAGCAGUCGAUGGCUUCGAUACAGUAUCCUUGUCGAGUCCACUGUACGACAAAAAUAGCCCGGGAGACGCCAUGACAGUCCUGAAGAAUGUGCACUCGUCGCGUGGUCAGGCAAGGCAAGAAUAUGGGAAAGUGCAUAAGCUCUUGUAUCCUUACUUUCGGGAUGCGCUGAAUGCAACUCGUUUUGACCGAACACUAGUCGUGCAGGAGUUUUCAUUACCUCAACACAGGGCUGAAAUGUUCUCAAACAUCAGAACCUUUGCUAAGAGUGACGUAUCUUUGGGUGCUAGCAAACGCGAGCAGAAACUUGCAGACCUUAUCUCUCAAUUUGCUACAGCAGCUCUUCUCGAGUUUCGGUCCGGCUACGAAUACAAGGACAUCAAGGGUCGAAUGAAGCAGUAUGCUGUCGUGAUGUAUAUCUUGGACGGUGGAAAGAGUGGUGUGGAUUUGUUCUUAAAUGAUAACAGACUGAUAGCGAAUAAGUCUGAACUUGGUUCAGUCUCUGACUGUGUCGAUUACUCACUAGGUUCUGGUCAGCUUUCACUGGAGCGAGUGCAAGCCUACUUCGACAGAUUAGGAGAUGCCUACCAGCGCGAAGCCGCUGUUAUCAAAGAAGUGUUCCCACAGUCUACCGAAGUCUCUUUACUGUAUCUGGAGAAGAUUGGUGAGGAUAUCCUUGCACCCUUCUUGAGUGCUCUAUUCGCUGAUGCUCGGACGCGAAACACUUCUGUCUAUCUGCGUGUAAUUUCUGGCAGUCUUCACGCAACGAGCAAAUUCGUGCAAGAUUAUGCCUUGCCUAAAAAUGCAGAUGAGUUAACAGUAACUCGGGCAAGCAAUGUCCUGGUCAGACUAUUCGCCCCACAUCUCCAGCUAUAUCUCGAAGAAGAGAUGGCAUUCUUCAGGCAGAAAGCAGAUAGCGAGGUUGUGAGAUGGGAUAGAGACUUGAGCGAACAAGCCGCCUCAACAGAGAGCUUUCUCAUGUCCAACAUCAAUCGACAAGCUGACAAGAAAGACUUCAUGUCCUCUUUCAAGAAAGUCGUUAUGAUGCCUGUCAGCAUCCUUCCCUCCUUUGUAUCUGCAAGGCCUGCCAUACAGCGUACAGACAGUAGCCCUGGCACAACGCCUCGUUCUACAAGUCCCUUGCCACAAAGCCUAUCGUCGUCUUUGCCGAACAAAGCACCCUCUGAUGAGCUGGCAGCGAAAGCCGCUCUCAUGACCUCGCGGCUCGAUAACAUCAAAUCUCUCUUUAGCAUCGACGUGGCGUUGAACCUUAUCCACGCCGCCAAAUCAUCACUUGAGCGUGCAGCACAAUUCAUAGCACUCGGCGGGCCACCCGGCGAUAUCGCUCGCGAGAAGUGUUCGGAAAUAUACCUCAUCCUCAUUGACACGAUCGGCAACAAACACGUCAAGACAGGGUUCGAACGAGCAAUCAGACAUCUUUCUGCCUACAAUCCACGAGCACAAACACCCGCAUCCACGGGCGCCCACCAAGGACCUGUCGUUGCACCACUAACCACUUUCCUAGAGCUAGUCAAUGUCGGUGACCUGAUCCAACAAAUGCUGGACGUCUUCUUCGAGCAGGAAAUCGUGCGCAUGGGCAUCGCUAAACGAGACGAUUUCAUUUCACCGCCCGUCAAGGAGAAGCGCAAAUUCGAACAGAUGCUCGAUGAACACGUCGCGAGCGGUCUGUCCAAGGGUAUCGAUGUCCUCAUGGACGAAGUCGAAUAUCUCUGCGCAACGGAGCAGCUUCCUACUGACUUCAACCCAAUUACACAAGUUUUUGACGCUGACACAAUCAACAAGAGGAACAGUAUGUUUGGCAUCGGCGACAUUGACGUCAGUCCUACAAAGCCAUGUUUGCACAUCAUCGAUAUCGUGGACAAACACGUAGGCAUGUUGCAGGGAAGUACGGACAAGAGCCUGAUCGAUGUAUUCGUGCAAGAAGUCAGCCAGCGGCUCUUCCAAACACUGGUAAAACACAUCAAAAGACAAAGAAUUAGUCCGCUUGGUGCGAUGCGGCUGCUCUCUGAUCUUACAGCCUACACGGCCCAUAUAUCCUCAUAUCGCAACCCCAAUCUAACCAUCUAUUUCAACGCGCUUCGCGAAGUCUCACAAAUCUACCUCUUCGAAGGCAGGACGGAUAAAGAGAUUGAGGAGAUGAGCAGUAUAAUCACGGAUGCGGAGAGGUACAGAGGUGUAUUCACGGUUGAGGAAGUGGUUGAGUUCGCGGAACGCAGGAGUGACUGGCUGGCUAUACGGACGAAGGUCGAAUCACGAGUUAAAGGGGAGAGUUGUAGCGUUAUGUAG